GAUAGCUAUGAGUGGCUGAGCAUCAAUCCCGAUUGAAAACGCCUGUAGCAAUAACCGGGAUACAUCACUACUACGCAGCUGGCCAAGACACGCGUGGACCGUAACCGAAAGCUUCAUCAACACGAAUAGCUAAUCCCUCACCACCAUCUAGCAACUGAUGCAACUGAAAAGACUCGGAGAACUGUCCCGAACUCAGCAGCGAUUGUAGAGGAGUCCAUCGUCGCAGAAUCCUUGAUAUUGGGCGCCUGUGACCAGCAUGCGUCCUCUCAUACAAAUCCCCGGAUCAUACAUCCACUACGCCCACACCUCGGUAGCCUUCCUAGCAUUUAGCUCGGCUUUCGUUCUGGCGUCCGCUUUGCAUUACAAGAAGGUCGUCAAGAACGGGAUCGCUGGCUGGCCUGACGAGUGGUUACCUAGCGUCAGCGCUUCGAUCGGAGAUUGGGCACCAGAACGUCCCAUCUUCCAGAUCCUCAUCGCUCUCUGCUCUGGACCCCGAUUUCUACUCAUCCUUGUCCAAUGGCUAGUGACCCGAAGAAAAGCUCCCUUGAUGGAGAAGAAGCAGGACUUUGUCAAGGAGAAAGGUCCUUCCGGCGGUGAAGCGGGAGGUUUACAGACGGCGGAUUGGUUGGCUAUAGUUGGGGUUGUGAGGACGUUUUGUUGUGCAGGUUGGGUCUAUGUCACGUCUUCGGACCAUCAUGACUUUCACGACGCUGCUAUGAUUGCAUAUCUACUGUUGACUCUGCCAUGGAUGGUCGGAACUUGUUUGGCAACUCCGCCUUCCCGCCCGUCGACCCUGCGAAGAAGGAAAUACACCGCCAUCACCUUCCACUCGCUCCUCGUCCCCCUCGUCUACUUCUUCAUCCAGCACAAAGUUUACAAGGUCAAGGGCGCCUAUAGCUAUUAUGCCAUCUUCGAAUGGAGUCUCGUCCUCGUCGACGUCCUCUUUGACGCUUGGGGUGUGCCAGAGGUGAAAAAGGUUCAGAUCCAGAUCGUCUUGUUGGAAGGGGGAGAAGCUGCGGCGGGGUCUGGAUCUAAGAUCACCGUCGAGAACGGUAGUCCGGUCAACAAGUUUAGCGUGACCGAGGGUCUCUUACCGGCUCUUAACAUUUCGAGGGAAGACAUGUUGAUGGAAUGGCCGGCCGAGAAAGCUGGAUGGACUAUCUCCGAAAAUGAAAGACGAAAGGAGACUGGGUUCGUGAGGUCUGGAAUGAGUUUGCUUGCCGAUGUCUAUCUCGCUAUGUGUUUCUGGACGAUCUUCACUCAACUUGGAUUGCAACUAUUCUACUUUUCGGUAUGGGAACUUGCUCUUUCUGGAUCGGAGCUGGCACUCUUGGCAACGCUUUCCCCUUGGUUCCUCACAUACCCCUCGGUUUCGCGAUUCAGCACGUCUCGCAAAGGAACUCUUACACUCCGCGCCUUGUCGCUAGUGCUCGGUCUGGGAGCGUACAAGCUGCCGCUUCCGUCUUUAAGGCUGUUGGCUGUCGUUUUGGGCAACGUGUUUGCCUGGAUGGAGGUUGCUGCGACUUCUAAGCGGCUCAAGGGAGGGAAUGCUGCCAGGAUGGAAGGCAGUUACCUCAUGCUAGGGCUCAUCGGUACAUUGGUACUAAAAUUGGUCAACAACUCGGUCAAUCCGUUCUGGUGCAUCGUGGACGAAGUCUCCGGAGGAUGGAACAAGACCGGUAUCCUACUGGCCAGUGUCGCUUUUCUCGAGAAAAUGGUCCGCUGCAACCGGGAUCAGCCUCAAGCUCCUAAUCCGCAGGACGUCAAGGAGGCCGCCGAUCCUGAAGAACCUCUUUCGACGUUCCAAAGGCAAUCAAUCAUUGCUGGGAUCGGUUCCCUGAUAUUCCUCGUUCAAACCUUCGUGACUGACGCCGGUACAAUCAUCGCGUGGAACUGGACCGGUUUCCCGGUAACAGGUCCGAGAUUGCUCUGGCAAGGUAGCUUGGUCAUCGGGUCCGCUGCUCUCGGUCUCAUUGCUCGAUGGGCUCAGGACCGGACUUUGUCUCAACAAGCUCGUCCUUACAACCUUUUGACUUUGACAACAACGAUAUUCGCCUGCUCCACAUUCUGCGGACAUUAUAAGGCAAUAAUACAGUCGAGCUACCCGGACGUCGUUAACUGGGUCCAGUUUGGCGGUGGCUGUACACUGGUCGCAUCGCUCGUCUACCACUUCCCUGCGCUGUGGCAAGAACUUUCCCGAUACGACUACGACGGACGCCUUCUUUGCCACGCGUUGGGCUUCAACGCUGUCCUGGAUGUGAUCUCCGUCAUCACGGUCGCAUAUGCCUUCGUUCCCGGAGGUCAUCUGCUUCGAGAAAAGAUGGCGGAAGUGGUCUUUCUUACAACGGCAUGCAUCUUCAACGCGGGUUUCGUCUUGGACAAGCUGUCUUCGAUCUACAAGACGACCUUCAAAGAGUCACGAUCGCUCAACCUCAGAGACAAGCGAUUGUUCUUUCAAGGCUCGACGAUGGUCGUUGCCUUCACCGCCGUUGCCGAGCUAUUUUGUCGACAGAGACGAGCCGGCAUUGUUGUCAAACCCCACCAUGAGGAGACGGGUGUAUGGACUUCGGCCAUCUGGACGGUACAUUUUGGCGUAGACCUCGCUGGCCGGGACAGUCAGAAGAGAAUGCUCGACCUGAUUCGAGACGCCGAAGUCGAUGUUCUCGGUCUUCUGGAGACCGACCUGCAUCGCUUCGUCUACGGAAACCGAGACCUCACCCGAAUGAUCAGUGAAGAAUUGGGUUAUUACGUCGAUAUCGGUCCUGGACCGAACAAGCAUACUUGGGGAGCAGUGCUCUUGUCCAAGUUCCCGAUUCUCGAAUCCACUCAUCAUCUUCUGCCAUCACCGAGAGGCGAGCUGGCGCCUGCGAUCUCGGCCAAGCUGCUGAUCAACAACCAAGUCGUCAACGUUAUCGUGUCGCACAACGGCCAAGAAGAGGAUCCCAAAGACAGAGAACUACAGACCCAAGCCAUCGCCAAGAUCAGCAGUUCAUGCUGGCCGGAGCCCUUCGUCUUCUUAGGCUACGUCGUGACUCGUGUCGGGGCAAAAAAGCCGGCUCCGUACGAAAUUCUGAUGGCGGACGGGCGCUUGUGGGACAUCGAGAUAGCGGAUCGAGACAGGUGGUGCGAAUACAUCGCGUUCAGACACCUGUGGCGAAUCGCUUAUGCUCGAGUAUCGCACGGAGAUAUUACGGAUACGGAGAUGCAAUUGGCGAAAUUCGUUACUCUCGACUCUACACUACCGGUCGACUAUCAGUCGAACGACGACCUCUACUAUCACACUUACGAAAAGGCUUUACCUGAAUCCUGGCAGUUCCCCCAGAAAUUCAGGGGCAACGGCACGAGGAAUCAUAAGUAUCACGUCUUCGAUGGACCUAUCUACUACUUGCCUCCAAAACGCUUUUGGGAUCGCUAUAACAGCACGCAUUGGGAUCAUGUGCAGGGUUCUUUCGUUGGAUGAUAUGACGAUGUCAGGAUCUGAUUGCAAAUUACGAAACUAUAAUUCACAUGACAAUGAGCUUUUGUGCUUUUGACGAACAACCGGAUGAUCAGUUGGGGAUCAGCGGAUCAGCGUUUCACAAUUUGAUUCCGUCUUUCCUCUUUCCAUGCUUCUCAUGCUUCUCAAGAAGGUCGAACGUAUGAGUAUAUAUGUACACACACACACAUGCGAGACAAGGGGAUAAGAAGCUA